UAGUCCUUCAGUCUGAGAUUGGACUCAACGUGGUGCGUGUAAAAUUUGGGAGAUUAGUUGCAACAUCGGCAGUGUAGUGCUGGCAGUGUGUAAACGUGCGAUCAAAUUUAAUGGCGGAGGAGCUAAACCAGAUCUAGGACCAUCUCCUUCCAGACUACUGGACACGGGUACCCUGCUGUUUCACCUGCCACAGUACCAGCUGUCCAGACUGCAUCGCCAAGCUUCAGACUGCCCUGAACUAUAAUUCUCCUGUGGGAGUCCGUACUGCAUGCUGUCGUACAUUGAAUAUUGAAACUUUUGAAGCUUCAGAUUGAAGCCUACAGAUAUUCACCAACAUUGAUGUGCAUAUUGACUCACUUGUGCUCUGAGCCCAAGGACAAAGCAAGCCAGAGCUAUAUUGCAAGAAGCACCAAAACCAACUCACUGGAGGCUUUCCAGUUCAUGGAAAUUACCCUAUUGCCUGUGAUCAAGGAAUCAACGAAAAAGUAAUGGCUGAAGAGAGAAGCAGUGUCCGUCAGACAAGAAACCAGCAGAAAUGCUUUGCAAUGGAUGUAGAUGAAGAGGAAAACAUGAGUUCUUGCAGCACUGAUGUUAAGGAAAACCGCAACCUGGACAACGUCUCUUCAAAGGAAGCCUUGGGUGAAGGGGUCCAACUCCCCAAUGGAGGCAGUGGCAGCAGGAAGCGCCCACUCGAGGAGGGUAAUAACGGGCACUCGCAUUCCAAGUUCCGGGCCAAGAAACGAAAGAAAACCCCGGGGCCCGUCUUGCCAAAGAAUGCACUAAUGCAGCUCAAUGAGAUCAAGCCAGGGCUGCAGUACAAGCUGCUGUCUCAGACUGGGCCAGUCCACGCUCCUGUGUUUGUCAUGACAGUGGAGGUCAACGGGCAGCUUUUCGAAGGCUCUGGUCCCACCAAGAAGAAGGCCAAGCUUAACGCUGCAGAGAAGGCCCUGAGGUCUUUCGUCCAGUUCCCCAAUGCUUCAGAGGCCCACAUGGCCAUGGGUCGGACCCUGACUGUAAACACUGACUUCACCUCUGACCAGGCAGAUUUCCCUGACACCCUCUUUAAUGGUUUUGAGACCCCAGCUCAGGCCGAUGUGGCCUAUUACCUGGGCUCCAAUGGAAAUGGCUCCUUUAACUCCAUAGGGGAUUAUCCUCUUCCCUCUUCUGGAGGGGCAGACAAUGUCAGCCAGUCCCCUUUGCCCGCCCCAUCUGCAUUUGCCCCCUCUAGUGGGAAGAACUCUGUCAUGAUCCUGAAUGAGCUACGCCCGGGCCUAAAGUAUGACUUUGUCUCUGAGAGUGGAGAGAGUCACGCCAAAAACUUUGUGAUGUCAGUAACAGCGGAUGGACAGACCUUCGAAGGUUCAGGGAGGAAUAAGAAGCUGGCUAAGGCCCGUGCCGCCCAGGCAGCCCUCUCCAGCUUGUUUAACAUGCAGCUUGACCAGACACCGUCCCGACAGCCUAUCCCCAGGGAAGGCUUACAGCUUCAUCUUCCCCAGGUUCUAGCCGACUCUGUAUCCCGUCUUGUUGUGGAUAAAUUCAGUGAACUGACCGACAAUUUCACAUCACCUCAUGCACGCAGGAAAGUCUUGGCUGGGGUUGUCAUGACAACAGGCACUGACGUGAAAGAUGCCGAGGUGAUUUGUGUCUCCACGGGGACCAAGUGUAUAAACGGGGAGUAUAUGAGCGACCGCGGCCUAGCCCUCAAUGACUGCCAUGCUGAAAUUAUCGCCCGAAGGUCCCUAAUACGGUAUCUCUAUACCCAACUUGAAUACUUCUUGAGCAGCAACAAAGAAGAGCAACAGAAAUCUAUUUUCAUCAGGUGUGAGAGAGGUGGCUAUAAACUGAAGGACAAUGUCCAGUUUCACCUGUACAUAAGCACUUCACCAUGCGGAGACGCCAGGAUAUUCUCCCCACAUGAAGCUGGAAUGGAGGACCAAGGAGACAGGCAUCCGAAUCGGAAAGCUCGAGGUCAACUUCGGACGAAGAUUGAGUCUGGCGAGGGAACGAUCCCAGUACGGUCCAGUAAUACCAUCCAGACAUGGGACGGAGUACUGCAGGGAGAGAGGCUGCUCACAAUGUCCUGCAGUGACAAGAUCGCCAGGUGGAAUGUGGUUGGAAUCCAGGGAUCCUUAAUGAGCUACUUCACGGAGCCCAUUUACUUCUCCAGUAUCAUCCUUGGUAGUUUAUACCACGCAGACCACCUCUCCCGGGCCAUGUACCAGAGAAUAGCCGACAUUGAGGACCUGCCCCAGUCAUUCACACUCAAUAAACCUCUACUCAGUGGUAUUAGCAACGCAGAAGCCCGACAACCAGGCAAGGCUCCCAAUUUCAGUGUGAACUGGACAGUGGGUGACCAGGCCCUUGAGGUCAUUAACGCCACAACAGGAAAGGAUGACAUGGGCCGUGCAUCCCGUCUGUGCAAGCACGUUCUGUACAGUCGCUGGAUACGCCUACACUCAAAGCUUCUCUCAAGUCUGCGGAUCAAACUGUCCAAGCCCAGCUCGUACUACGAAGUCAAGCAGGCUGCCACAGAAUACCAUGUAGCCAAGCAGGCACUCAUUAAGGCUUUUCAUAAGGCUGGGCUGGGUGCCUGGGUGAAAAAGCCAAUAGAACAGGACCAGUUCUCUCAGAGCCCAUGAGAAAGAGCGGGUGUUGAGGAUGGAGCCAGUGAAACAAAUUACCAGCUGCUGAGACUUCCAUGUGUUCAGUGUAUUUAUUGUAUUGCUCUGAGAUUUUACCUGCAUCUUAUUUUUUAUCCCUGAAUUUUAUUGCAUUCC